AUGUCCAGCUCAUCACUCCUUCGCGUCCCCGACCAAGAUGAACCGGGGCGGGCUUCCCCCGCGCCCCGCAAGACGAAGCCGAGACAGCACACCGGCCUCCAAGAAAUCCCCAGCUGGUUCAUCCGCCCGGGUCAGCUGCACUGUCUGCUCACAACCAUCUUCCCCAACGGCGAGUACGAUGUCGAUAUCGACCAGGAUGUCUACAAGAUCCGCGCGCCGCGUGCCAUCUCCCUGCGCGACAUCAUCAGGUUCAAAAGAUAUUGA